AUAUAAACACACACACACAGUAAUGAUACCCUUAACAGAUCUAUUAAUUUCUUGUAUCUAUUAGUAGUUCAAAAAGUAUAAACUUUCCAUCUGGGUUUUAUUUUCUGUGAAAUGGGUAUUUGUUAUAAUUUGAUUUUAGUAACAUUUGGAUUGAUUUUUUGUAAUUCAAGAUUGAUAAAUGGGUUUGGGACAUAUGGGUUUGAUAUACAUCAUAGAUAUUCUGAUUCAGUUAAAGGUAUUUUAGAUAUUGAUGAUCAUAAUUUGCCUAAAAUGGGCUCACUUGAUUAUUACUCUGCCAUGGCCCACCGUGACCGCCUUUUUCAUCGCCGGAGACUUGCCGGCGCCGGUGACCCUACUCUUGAAUCUUCUUUGGCGUUUCUUGAUGGCAAUGAAACUUAUCAGCUUCCUUCUCUGGGAUUCUUGCAUUAUGCAAAUGUUUCGGUUGGUAACCCGAGUUUAUGGUUUUUGGUGGCACUCGACACCGGUAGUGACUUGUUUUGGAUACCUUGCGAUUGUCGCAGCUGCGUGAAGGGUUUAGUCACAAGAAGUGGAAGGCAGCUAGACUUCAACAUAUACAGUCCUAAUACAUCUUCAACGAGUACAAAAGUUCCCUGUGAUAGUAGUUCAUGUAAACUUCGAAAGGCAUGCUCUGGAAGACCUGAUAUAUGUCCAUAUCAAGUCAAUUAUCUUUCGAGUAAUACAUCAUCAACUGGGAUCUUGAUAGAAGAUAGUUUGCAUUUGACAACUGAUGAUAGUGCACUGAAACCUGUUGAUGCAAAAAUCAAGUUCGGCUGUGGAAUGAUUCAAACGGGUUCGUUUUUAGAUGGUGCUGCCCCUAAUGGUCUAUUUGGGCUUGGCAUGGAGAACUUAUCUGUGCCGAGCAUUUUAGCUAGUGAGGGUCUUGUUGCUAACUCAUUCUCCAUGUGUUUCGGCCCUGAUGGUGCUGGAAGAAUAAAUUUUGGAGAUAAAGGCAGUUCGGAUCAAGGAGAAACCCCUAUCAAUCUUGAUACACCUCAUCGAACAUAUAACAUCAGCAUGACACAAACGGUCAUUGGAGACAAUGUUACUAAUGUUGAUUUUACUGCAAUAUUUGACACGGGUACCUCAUUCACGUAUCUGAACGAUCCUGCGUACUCGAUUAUUAGUGAAAGUUUUGUUUCACAGACAAAUGAGAGUCGUAGCCAAACUAAUUCUGACCUUCCGUUCGAGUAUUGCUACGACUUAAGUCCAAACCAGCAAAGUUUUGAAGGGCCAUUGUUUAAUCUAACUAUGAAAGGUGGAGACGCGUAUCAAGUCACCAAUCCAUUUGUUGUUCUACCUCUUGAUGAUGGUGGAUCUGUUUUAUGUUUGGGUAUUGUCAAGAGCGAGGAUGUAAACAUCAUUGGUCAAAACUUUAUGACUGGCUAUCGAGUAGUGUUUGAUCGCGAGAAGAAUAUUUUGGGUUGGAAAGCUUCAAACUGUUACAAUGCCAUAGAAUCAAAUACACUACCAAUAAGCCCACGGCCAUCCCCUAGAGGUUCUCCAUCUAUGUCUGUGGGACCUGAAGCAACCUCAAAGAAUGGUUCACCUAACUCGAGUCAGGCGCAGCCAGGAAACAUUGCAUCCACAAUAUCGUACUGUCAUUUCAUACUCAUAGUCUCUAUUCUUACCAAUUUUUUCAUGGUGGUUUCAAUAUAAUGUGAUUUUUGUAGUUUAUAGAAUUACCUCGAUGCAGUAUAGUGAGUAUAGAAUCAUGUCACACGAUGAUGAUACAUACAGAGUUACUUGUCGAUUCUUAUUGAUUAUGCUAUGUAAAUAUAUAGUUUGUAACAGCUACUUCUGAGUUAUAUUUUUAAUAAUACGAUGGUUUCUUUUA